CAAUAAUUGACAGGGCAUUUUUGUUUUGGUUGAAAGUAAUUAAUUGUUAAUAAAAUUGUGUGAUUUAAUAACACGGAGCUAAUCAAACUUUUCCGGGAAAAAACUCAGGCGGAAAAUGUUAUCCACCACUCCUAAAAGAAAUAAUGUUUCGAAUAAUGGUGACAGUGAUGUGCCAGGGACACCAGUGACACCACACAGUCGUGUUUUGAAGGUUUCCUGCUUUAAUAUCGGAGACAAAGCAUUGGAAAAUGAAAGCAGCCCAAGCUUGGACUUAGAAAAGACUCUUUUAUCGCCUGGGGAAGCGAGACGAGGAAGGCCUAGGGCUGAUCUUUUGAAUACGUUAAUUUUGGAAGGGGCAACGUCUCCUAGUUCAAUCAAAUGCACCUAUUGUAAUCGUGUUUUUCCUAGAGAAAAAUCCCUGCAAGCUCAUCUAAGAACCCAUACAGGUGAAAAGCCCUAUGUCUGUGACUACCCUCGGUGCUCCAGAAGAUUUGCUCAAUCUGGUCAAUUAAAAACACACCAGAGACUCCAUACUGGUGAAAAGCCAUUUGUUUGUGGCGCUCCAAACUGUAAAAGACGUUUCACGCAUGCAAAUAGACAUUGUCCAGACCAUGCAGAAACUCCACUCAAAAGAUUUAUCACCAAACCAGAACCAAGCCUUAAUAAAUCCUAUGAUGAAACUCACACUGCUGAAAUCAGAGAAUGGUUGCAAAAUUAUGAUAAAAGAAACAAAAACUCACCAGAAUGUAAUGAAAACCUUUAUGCAACCCCAAAGAAAUUGAGGAGAGAAGAUUUUGACUUUAGCAGUGGUAGUUCCGCAUAUUUUUCAGGGUCUUCACAAAAUGGCUUAGACCUUGAAACCUCACCAAAAUGUGAUCUGGAUGAUCUGGAAACUUCUAUUUGUUGUAUUUCUGGAAAGUCGGAAAGUGAAAUGCUCAGUGAAAUGCGAGGUGAAAUGAGUCCAGGUCGGGGUCCAGAAUCUGUAGAAACUUCACAGCCAAGGCCAUCUGAGUUACCCAAAAAGAGAUGGUUGCGAGUAGCAACUCAAGAACAAAGGAUGUGGGAUUCUACUGACCUAGCAUCACCUUUAAAUUGGGGUGAAGAUAAUAGUGCCGAUACUAAAGAACAGAAGGAAGAUCCAGAAGCUGUGGAACGGAAUAGGGAAAAUCAGAAACGUCCAUCAGUACUGGUCUGUGUACAAGGAGGUAAAAGUAAAGAGAUUUCCAAUGAAGAAAUUCAAGGAGCAAUGGCUUUGGUGGAAUUGAAGAACUGCAGAGUUAGUUACAGAAUAUAAAUCUUCAGCCAGUUAAUUUCAGAACCUUCAGAUCUGCAUUCUGCUACAUGGUCACAAGUCGGAAAGGGAAGAAAAGUCAUAAUUCGUCUACUUGACAUAAAUAUGCAGUUGAUAAGAAGCAAGACAAAUGAACUGGAAACAUUCCUGAUUGGUAAACAGGUCAAUAUCAUCUGUUUAAGUGAACACUGGCUUACAGAACGAGAAUCUAUGAUGCUCAAUCUGACAGGCUACCGACUUACUGCAUUCUACCAAAGUGAUCACAGCGGGGUGGAUCUGCUAUUCUACUAGAUUUUAGUUAUGACUUUAAAGUGUGUCAACUAAAUGCUCUGACUGUUGAUAAAUCUGUAGAAACCUAGCUGCUUUGUCAAAUUUAGGUUGCAUAUCAUUUCAGUUUACAGGUCGUUGUCCAGCUCAUUUGAGAGGGCACUAAACUUGAUUGUAAACAUGGAUAACAUCAUGUUUGCAGGUAAUAGUAUUGUGCAUUUCAUUACUGGGACCUGAAAAUGUAUUUGCAUAUGUGGCUUACUUCGCUCAUUUGGACUUGUCCAAUUGGUGAGUGAACAGCUUGGGAGUUGCCUGGAUAAUGUAUUCUCGAGUCUGCAUUGCCAUGUGUGCUGUGCGACCCCACAGUUUUAUCUGACCACCUUGGCCAACUCAUUAUUUUUCCCAUCACCCACGUCAAUAUAAUAGGUAUGUAUAUAGAUAGCCUAAUAUAACAGAAACGACAUGAGGACUACUAUCAAGGGCAGAUAAUAAUAAUGGCACAAUUUAAAAAAAUACAAAAGUUUUUUUAAUAACCUAUAGUAAAUAUGCUUUAUUGUCCAAGAAUACAAAAAAAAAAUAAUGAGCAAAAUAAUCAAAACGGAACCAAUAAUUGGUUUAAUGAUGAUUUAAAAUCAAUGAGAAAAGAUUUCAGUUUUUUAAAAGAAAUAUAUAAUCGGUCCCCAACUGAAGAAAUGAAAAAUUAUAGAAAAAUAUAUAAAUCCCCUAGGUGAGAAUCUGCUAUAAAACAAGACCAGGAUUUUCUCAACAGUCGAGCAUUUUUUAAUAGUUCUGAGUUUUUGAAUUUUAAUUGUGAUAUCACUGAAUUUUAACGUGUUGUAUUUGUCAUUAAAUUUGUGCAUAUUUUUUGAACAGGUGUAUUGUCUUAUGAUUUCAAAUUGUAUUGUAUUUGUAUUACAUAUUUUAUUGUUAGUUGUAUUAUCUUCGCUUUUGUCUUUUCAAUCAGAACCAUAGCACAUUAUUUGAUAUGAGUUUAUUGUAACGUGCGUUUAUUCAAAUUUGAGGCUGUGAGGGUGAGAACGUAUUUCUUUACGUAAUUUUUUUUCAUUGACAUUAAAUAUUGUCAAAAGGUUAGAUAUCAAAUCAUCGAAAUCAAUCAACGACAUACGUUUCAAUUUCCAAGGCUAACGUGAGGGGAAAUUUAAAUGAACGCUCAUUAUCACUGACUUGUACAAACUUUGCUUGUACUAGCACACUAUGCACUACCUUCAAUAAUUAGGAAUAACGCACGGCUAACAUUCGAUUUUUAGUUUCUAUGGUUUUCACCAAUUUAUAUGUUGUAGAGGCUCUAAGCGUUGAAAGGUGGACUUUUUUGCAAGGAAAUUACCCUGUAACAAUAUUUUGAAGGGAUGAUAACCUAUAAACAUUUGCGAGUGCGUAAAAUGUGUUGAAAACAGUAUUUUGACUGGCAAACAUUAGCUUAUCGUAUAUUUUUCAGAAGAAAACUCCCAUCUUUCAACGCCUAUGUCUCACUGUUAGACGUACAAAAUUUGGUCCCAUUUAAAGGUUGUUCAGAAUUAAAUCUUAUACGACAUAUCAAAAAAUUUGCUAACACCGGUAGUCCAUCGUCAAAUUACCCGCCUCAUCGGGGACAAAACUUUCAUAAGGUGCCUGAAAUACUUUAUCAUUCGUAACUAAAAACCGCCUGUCUGCCAGCGAUAGGUGGUAGCUUGCACAAGAGUCUGGGGAACAGACAGACGAAGCUCCGUAAUUCGUAAUAAGUGCUAGUCUUUGUAUGUAUUUUAGAUGCAACAGAGCAAAUCGAAACUAACCCAAACUCACCCAUCCUCCUAAUAAUCUUUAGUAGAGAAAUAAAAACCCUAAGAAAAAAAAACCUAAAAAAAAUGUAUUGCCUUUAACAAAAAUUGAACCCGGGUCCAUGGGCUCCAAAAACCAUGCGUCGUGCGUAUCCUAAAUGCGUCGCACCAUGCCUUUGAAAGAAAACGUAGAAAUCCAAGUAAUAAACUGCGCAAAACGUUACCUUACCUAACCUAUAAGGAUAUGUUUGGCAACGGAUGGCAUUUUAGCCGGUCCUAAACGAACCCAUUAGGAUCGGGCAACAUUUUGGUGAAUUUAUUCGAAGUUCCGUCUAUCUGCUCCCCAGACUCUUUCGUUGCUUGCUCUGGGUCUGCCCCCCAGAUUAGUAAUUUUGGUGGCACCAGCACCCCGCUGUUUCUUUGGUUGCCUAUCUUUUGAAGAAGGUCUAAAACAACGCUAAAAAUUGAAAAAAAUAACUCCAUAAAUCUUUAGAUAAUCGAUCAUAGAAUGUUUAUGCCAAAUUUGAGCCAAUUCUGAUGUGCCUUUUUUUCUUGCACCUUCAAGCGAUUUACGAUUAACUUCCAAAAUUGCUUUGAAGGUGCAAAAAAACAAGAAUGAGCCUUGACACUAUAUUAAAAAAAGAAUGAAGGCUUUCACGGCCGGUCAAAUCUAGUAAAAAAGUUUUUUCCGGCCUAUAAUGCCGAGGUCCAUUAGUAUUUCCUAACCUAACGUUUCGUUUACUGCUGCGGUAGACAUCUUCAGAGGCGGUGUGGUAGAGGACGAAGUUUUCUCUUCCGUGUUCCUCCGAUGACUGGAUUCGACGUUGUUGGACCUGCGUUAUUUCUAUCCAGGGAAGGGUCUUUGUUUUUCGGAGAACUGGCAACCAGCUUUUGUUUAGGUUCAUGCCCUCUUCUUUUCUGUUGAAGUUGUUGUGUGUUUCUGUAUCUCUAUGGCUUCUCUGUGAAGUCUGUUGUAAAAAUGUUUGGUUCUAUCCAAUGCUUGAGUCUGGUCGAAACGAAUGACACGGUUUGUUUGUGUAAGCACGUGUUCGGCGAUUGCUGAUCUAUCUAUUUGUCCCUGCUGCUGCUUUUGUGCUCUUUGAUCCUCUCUCUCUGGACUCCCCAUUGCGACUCCAUCUGUCUGGUCAAAGAAUUCAUUUUGCCAUUGAAAGUACGUAGUCGUCAGACAGUCGUGAAAUAAGUUGUUGAUUUCGUCCGGAAAAACAUCUUUCAGAUACUCUAGGGCCUGAUUCACUGGUACCUUAGUAAACAAUGAGACGACAUCAAAACUAACCAUAAUGUCGUUUGGUAGUAGAGUGAUGUCACUGAUCUUUUUGAUGAAAUAAGUUGAGUCUUUAACAUAAGAGCUGGAUUGACCAAUCCGUGGCUGAAGGAGGGUGGUAAGGUAUUUGGCUAUGCUGUAUGUGGGCGAAUCUAUUACACUUACAAUGGGCCUGAGUGGGUUGCCUGUUUUGUGAAUCUCAGGAAGCCCAUAUAUUCUAGGUGGUAAGGGCUCAGAUUUGAUGAGUUUCCUUAUGUUUUCCGGGUCCAACGGUAGUGCACGGACGAGUUGAUUGGUUUUUGGCAAUAUAGAAGCAGCGGAAUUGCGCUUCAGCUUUGUGUAGGUUGAGGGGUCUAGCAGUUCGGAAUUAUCGUAGUUUCUAUGCUGUCGGCGAACUGUGAGGCCGACGGCGAGUAUAAACGAUCUUAAAGGAUUUCUAAUAUUCAAUGGGUAACGGCGUGCUCGACGCAAACGUGAACGGAUUCUUGAUGGAGAGUUUAUAAAUUGGGCUUUAAACUGCUCUAACUCGAAAGCGGACCAUCGUAGCAAGAUGCGGUUUAAAUAUUUAUUCUUAGAUUUUUUUGCACUAAAACUUUCAUUUUUGGGUCACACCCCCUUAAAGUCCUGAAUACAAUGUCGUCUAUAAAUAUUUCCUAGUUAGUCAAUUUGGUUAGUUUUAAUAAGAGUUUUGUUGUGUUCAGUUAUAGUUAUAUUAUUUUGUUCAUUAAAAGUUGAUAUUGUUUGUAAAGUGAGUUUAAGUGUACCCGAAAUCCGUGACAUUAUUUUAUUAAUAUAACAUACGUCAACCUAUAGUUACUAAGAUAAUUUGCGCACAUUCUGUCAGCCUCUUCAACAAUCUCAGACCUGCUAAGGAAAUUGCGGUCAAGCAAGGUUGAUACAGUAGCAAUCUUUGUUGGUUCAUUUGUAUUCACUUUUCCAAGUGGCUGGUAUAUCAGUUCUUCACUCUCUGGUCCAACUUUGGGUAGUGCAGUCUUAUCUUUUUCUCGUCAGUAACCAGCCGUAAGAUACCUUUUCCUGUAAUAAUGCUAAAUUGCCGCUUUCAUUUUCCAGGGCAUAAUUAUGACCGAAAAUGCUUCCAUCAUAUUAGUCGUGGUUAUUUUAUGAUAUCUUUGAGUGGUCGAUGGCAUUUUUUUUUCUGUAUCCUCAAGUAAAACUGCUAAUUAGCUUUGGGGCUUCGAUUAAAUACUGUUUUUUCGAAAAAAAUCUCUUUGGUCUUUGCUUGUGGCUAAUAGCCAUGUCCCAUGCUAAAAUUUCACACCAUUUUACCAUAAUACAAAAAUGCAAUUUGUUGGGAGAAGAUAAAUAAAUGCUGAUGGAGAAGCAGUCUAAUUGACAUGAUAUAAGCCACAUUUUUACUUGUAAGUACAUUGGCGUUAAGAUAAAACUACUUGAUAAUGCACCUGAUUUUUGUUUUAUAUAUUAAUUUUUAUUUUCUAAUUUUUUUUUUUUAAAUUUUGUUAAUUUGAUUUGAUUAAGUCACCAUAUCCAAGGUAACUUGAGUUCUUUUUUCUAGUUUUAGUAGUUAAUACAGUUCGAGCAAUGGACCUUUGCGUGCAUGUCAUAAAACUAUGAAUCAAAUCAAAUAAACUGUCUUUCAGAUGCUCCCAGUUUUGUAAAAUACCGCUAAAACUGGUGCUGGUUGAUUCAUAUGAAUAUCGGCGAUGACACUACUUGAUGACGUGCACGCCAAGAUCUAUCAAUGGAACUAUAAAUAUUAGUUCUAAGAGUCAUAGAUAUUUCUAUAUGAGCACCUAGCUUGAGCCUUUUUUCUCUUUAAAAAAGCUGAUGUGAUAUGAAUAUUUAUUGUUUCAUGUUAAUUUUGUUAUAAAGAUUUCAAAAAUUUUAACUUCGUUUCCUAGUGUUUUCGAUAAUAAGAUUCACCUCUUUUUACCCUGUUUAUUUAUUGCACUUAGUUAAGAGAGUUAAAAAAAAUUCCGUGUUUAUUUGACUUUUUAUUAAUGAUUUUGUAAUUGCGCAUAAUUUUAAGUAUGUAUGUACCUCCUACCUAUUGUACCAAGCGAGAAUUACUGCUUAACCAUUAUUUAAUCAAGAUGCUAGCAAUUCCUGAAAUUAAGCUUUAUUUAUUGUGCCUUUUAUGCUUUGAUGCUGCUGAUACUGCUGACUUGAUUAAAUAACUUUAUAAUUUUUUUAGUAGGUAACUCUUGUUUAUUGAAAUUGUUUGUGUUUUAAUAAUUACUUCUUGACUAUUAUCAAAUUGUAUAAUUUCUAUUAAGAUUGUACUUAUUUAAUUAAAUUUGGCUUUAUUUAU